AUGAAUGAAUAAGAGAAACUUGCAUCACCUGUCACAAAGAAAGUUUCUGAGGAUGAAAUCAUUAAUGAGAAAGAAGUUCUUUAAGCACUUUCUUAUAUUAAUUUUAAACUUCUUAACACAUUAAUUCUAUAGAAUAAACAAGAAAACAAUGUAAUAAUUCUAUUCAAAGCAUUGUUAACUAUUUUCCAAGAGUCUGAAAAUUGGAUUCCUAAAAAUAUUAAAGACUGGGCAACCAUCUAAAGAACGAUUGGACACACAUCAAAAUUCAUCCAAAUGUUAUAAAAUUUUAAAAAAUAUUACAUUACAGAGUGCAAAAUAUAACAAACUUAAGUCUUAUUGUAAGAAGUUCAUAUUUAAAAACUAUCUCAAAGGGCAAACAAUUUAUUAAAAAUUGUUAAGUCACUUCUCAAAUAUUAUAGUAAUCCCUUCUUCAAUCAAUCUUUACAUGAAGACUCAUAAUUAACGUAUCAAUUUCAGAAUGAACCUCCUUUAAGUCCAAUAAAAAACUCAAAUCUCUUGGACUAAGACUCUGAAAUCAUUAUGCAAGAAUUAAUAAAAAAAGAAAAACUGAGUACAGUUCCAAAUGAGAUGAAACGAUCAUGUCAAAUCAGCAAGGUAAGAUCAAGGAGUCCAACCACUGCCUCUUCAGGAAGUAAGAGUAGAACAAUUCAGUCAUGUUAGCCUCAUAGAUUGUCCAUCCCUGUAGGCAAUCCCAUUAGAUAAUUAAGUAGUUCCCAAUAGAAAUCGAAUUUUACUAUCAAAUAGUUUAGCAAAACAAUUAAUAAUACAGCAUCUCUGAAAUCUAGCGGCAUCUAUUUUAGAGAAAGAUCGCAAACUAAUACUCAAAAUAAGUUCGAUUAAGUUGAGAAAUCCCCAUUACAAUAAACAAAAUAGCAAUGUAUUAAAGAGUCUUUAUUCACAAAAAAAUCAACUCUAAAAAAUAACAAAUGA